GGGUGGGGCGCAUAAGAUGGCGGCUGGACCUGGUGGCCUAUGGCCUGUGCCCUAUGGCCGUGGCACCCAGGCCUGGUUUUUACAUUUAAAUGUGGCCCACCAUACUGGGGAGGGCGUUUCCCUGGACCCUGAACCCUUGUUAGGGAUGUCCUAGAGGCUCCCCUUUACGAAUGGAGGCACCUGGGCUGCACCCACUACUUCGCUUGGGAUCUGUCCUCCGCCCCAAGAUGGCUCCCAGUCGCUGUUUACUCAGCGACUGCGGGGACACCAGGGCGCGGGGCUGGGGAGCAGGCGGAGAUCAGGGCGCGUAUAGAUUGGCCUGGGCAGGCGGCCUCUCCGCGUAGCCCGCCCGCGCCCCCACGCAGUUGGCAUCCCUGGAAAACCAGCGUGGGCAGGAUGCAUCCUGGCCGCCCCCACCACCACCGCGUCCCCAGGCCCUGCGCCCUGGCCGGGCUCCGGUGGCUGCAGGGCCGCGCAAAUGUGGAAUGGGUGCCGGGGGCGGGUAUGGAAGGGGCCCGCGCGAGGGGGCUGGGCGCACAAAGCCCAGGCACCACGGCCCUAAUGAAAUACCGGCUGGGUUCGUCACGCUGCCGAGGCGCACACUUGAAAAAUGCAAACGCCAUUGGCAAAUCCAGGGCAAACAGGCAGAAUUUUUAUUAGCAACUAAAUGAUUUAUGGCACACGUACCCCGCCGUCACAAUUACGGCGUCUCGGAGCAUCCAGGGGGUGAAAACAUUAAACAUUUAUAAAAAUGGGCCUUUGUUUUUUUCUACUCCGCAACCCUUUGUUUUCCCCACCCCAACUCUCUCAAGAUAUACAUAUUUUUUCCUUGAGCUAUAUUAAAAUAAAGAAAAACAUUCCCCAAAUCCAGGGCAGGGUAAUGCGGUGGAGAAUUAGGGUCUGGGCUUGUAAUAUUGGUGGGCAAAGAGAGUGGAGAGGAAGCGAUGGGGCCUCGGGCGUGGGAGGGCUUAACUAGGAACACACAAGACCUCUGCGUAAGGCUCAAGGGCGCUCUGCGCCCCCACACACGGCCCCCUUCCCCCGCCUGGGCUUCCAGCAGCCCCGCGCAGCUCGACUGCGUUUAUUCGAUUCCUGCAGUCCCCUCCUCCCCUAAGGCACACAGACACAAUACCUCCUUUCUCUAACCCCCCUCUCCUCUCCGUCUUUGCUCCUGGCUGUCCCGGGGAUGCACCGGGCGCCUCUCGCCGCCCCGAAUGCCGAGGCCGCCACUGAGACCCGCACGGCCAGCUCCAAACGCGGACACCGUGGCUUGUUCCCCUCGGCUCCGGCUAUUUUCGUUCCUUUCUUUCCUUUUCACUCCUCCCUCCUCCCCAGCGGAGCUACAGCUUCCAAAAGAGGGCAGCCUAGAAACCAACGCAGGAAGCUCCAGGAAGGGCAACUUGAAACUGCCCUCAAGAGGCUGAACUUUUUUCCUCAAAUUUAUCCUGGAAUUAAAUUAGACACCCCCCAGUUCGUUCUCGAAGCCUCCCCCCACCUUUUUUUUUUCUAAAAGUGGAGAAAAGAAAAUAGAACGAAUGGGCACUAACGCGCUCAUUUUCCCCCCUCCCGAAAAGUUGCCUUAAAAAUUGAUUUAAAAAAACAGAACGGGCAAUGCGAAAACGCUGAGUCCGCAGCGCGGGGCGAAAAAGCGGGCUCCUCUUGUUUUAAUUAAAAUCUUAUCACCGCAGUUGCUCUUCGAGGCAGGAUUGGAAGGAUUUCUGCCCCUCCAAGCUUCCUUUCCAGGGUACGUAAUGCCUAGCCGGGCUCGGGGGCCUGCAGGGCUGCAGAGAGGGUGCGGGGGCCCCCAGGACAGUUCUGCUGGCGUGGUCCGCACUCUCUGCGCCCCCGGUCAGGUAGGUCGGCCGCGGGCAGCUCACGGCUACUCAACCCAGAAAGGAUUUUGCUGAAAGAGCAAAAUAAAAGUACAAAGUCUGGGGGAUUGGGGCUCCCUUCCCCCUACGGCCGCCGUGGCCAGCCAAGCACUUUUUGGGCUUGGCGGCUACUUCCUCUGAGCUCAACAGAUUUUUUUUUUCCCGGUCUCGCCCUCCCUGGAGGGGGCGCGGCGGAUGGAAGGCGAGAGAGGCCCCCAGCCAAGAGGUUUUUAAUAUUACACUUUAAUAGGUUUCAGAAGGCUCCGUGGAGAAAUGCUAAUAGGCUGAAAUGUCAGAAUCAAGAGGGAUUCAGUUCGCGCUCAGCCGAUCUAAUCCUUUUUUCUGCUCUGAUUUUUUUGUGGAGGGGGGGAAGGAGAGGGGAGCGCCCACGCAAAGAGGGACUUUGGGGAGGGGCGCGCUGUGCGAAGCGCCGCAGCCCCGGCCUGGGCCGAGCGGGGGGCGCGCCCCGAUCCGCGUUUCUAUAGGAACCCCUUUUAGAAGAUUAGAGACUCACCCGCUGCCCGCCGCCGCGGCCUCUCCAAAAUAUUAAUCAGUAACCAUCUGACACCGCGUUUCAGGGAGGGACCCGCAGGCCAGUGCUAGGAAAACGGCCUUCUCGCCUGCCCAUCCCACCCGACCGCGCUGCUGGGGCAGAGGGAAUGAAUCGCUGCUUUGUUUUAAAAGGAAGAAAAAAAACAAGGGAAAAAGCAGCCCUUGUCUGUUUCGGCGUCUCCACCGCGCGUACUAGAAGCGCACCCCAGGGGAGGUCGGGGCCCGGGACCCGGGGCGCGGGGUGCAGCCCGCCGGGCCCCAGGCCCUCCCCGGCUCGCUUGGCUUGUCACCUCCUCCUGCGAGCAGGAAGCUGACAGGCGGCCCAUUAAACCGCGCCUUGCAAAGCCCUGGAUUGCGGCGACAACCAUCUUCCUCUAUUUUGAUCACUCAGCCCAGACGCUGGGGGAGGGGGAAGGAAAAGGGAGGAGAAGGAGAAAGGAGGGAGGGGGGGUCCGAGCUGGUGGAGGGGGAGGGCUGCCUAGAAACGGCCCGGAAAAAUUCUCACCACCAGUUUUGAUCAUUCAGCCCCGCCGAGGGGAGCCUGGAAACUGCUGGAGCCCCUAGGUCCGUAAUUGGUUUUAUAGGAAUGGCUGUGGGCCAAGGUGUUUACAUGCGCGUGAUUGGCGGCGCGCGCGGCCAAUGCACGGCGGCCGGGGGCCGGGCUAGGGGGGGCGGGCGCCCGGGAACAAUGCGUGUUUCUUUGCCGGAGAGUGCUCCCCUCCCCCAACCCCCUCCAACCUCCCCCCCGCUGCCUUUUUUUUUUUUUUUUUUUUUUUUUUUUUAGAUCCAGCGAGAGGAACUUGAAAGGGGGGUUGUGUAAUGUACCUUUUCCAAUCCCGGGCUGUAUAUGGAGAUUUGGGAUUCUUUAAACCGGCGCUACCUGGAUUUUAUUAAAAAGCGGGGAGCUCGGCGGGAGGAAAGCUGGCUUUUCCGGGGGCUGCGGGAGCCGGGCCGCGGGAGGGCGGAGGAGUUGGCGCGCCGAGCGCUCGGCCCGGGGAGCGGUUUUCUACCAAAAAAAGGAAAGGCGGGCAAAAAGUGUGAGGCGGCUGCGGGUGGCGGAGGGGAGCGGCGGCCGCGGGAUGGCAGGCAGCACGGGCGCCUAGCUGCGCCGGGAGCCGGGGCCGCCACCGGAGUCGUUGUCGCCGGAGCCCGGAGCCGUGAACCCAGCCGCGCCAGACGCCGUGUGCGCCGCCUCGCGCAGCUCCGCCUGGCCGCCCGGAGGGGCCCCACCGCCGGCCGCCUGUGCGCCCCGGGCCGCGGGCCCGCCGCCGAGCGCAAGCCCCGCUGGCCGCCGCCAUGCACGCCGCGGAGCCCCCGCCGCCCGAGGACUCUGGGACUACGCCGAGGCCGGACUUUUAGGUCCCACUGAGCUAGGCCUGCGGGCCGGGUGGGGGGCUGGCCGCGGCACUCCCGCGGAGGAUGGAUGGCCGAGACUUCGGGCCCCAGCGGUCCGUGCACGGUCCCCCGCCGCCGCUGCUGUCCGGCUUGGCCAUGGACAGCCACCGCGUGGGCGCGGCCACUGCCGGACGCUUGCCCGCCUCGGGCUUGCCCGGCCCGCUGCCGCCUGGGAAGUACAUGGCUGGCCUGAAUCUCCAUCCGCACCCGGGCGAGGCCUUCUUGGGCAGUUUUGUGGCCAGCGGGAUGGGGCCCUCGGCCUCAUCCCAUGGGAGCCCGGUGCCACUGCCCUCUGACCUCUCCUUCCGCUCCCCAACCCCUAGCAACCUGCCCAUGGUGCAGCUGUGGGCCGCCCACGCCCAUGAAGGCUUCUCCCACCUGCCCAGCGGGCUGUACCCAUCCUACCUCCACCUGAGCCACCUGGAGCCCCCCAGCAGUGGGAGCCCCCUCCUCAGCCAGCUGGGUCAGCCCAGCAUUUUCGAUACCCAGAAAGGUCAGGGGCCAGGAGGAGACGGCUUCUACCUGCCCACCGCGGGGGCUCCGGGCGCCCUGCACUCUCACGCGCCCUCGGCCCGGACCCCUGGCGGCGGCCACUCCUCGGGCCCCCCUGCAAAAGGCUCGUCGUCGCGGGACGGUCCAGCCAAGGAGCGGGCGGGCCGCGGCGGGGAGCCGCCUCUGCUGUUCGGCAAGAAGGACCCGCGCGCCCGGGGCGAGGAGGCCUCGGGGCCACGCGGCGUGGUGGACCUGACCCAGGAGGCGCGUGCGGAGGGCCGCCAGGACCGGGGGCCCCCGCGCCUGGCUGAGCGCCUGUCGCCCUUCCUGACUGAGUCCAAGACCAAGAACGCGGCACUGCAGCCGUCGGUACUAACCAUGUGCAACGGCGGCGCCGGGGACGCGGGGCUGCCCGCGCUGGUGGCCGAAGCGGGGCGCGGGGGUGCUAAGGAGGCCGCCCGGCAGGACGAGGGCGCGCGGCUGCUGCGGCGCACGGAGACGCUGCUACCCGGGCCGCGCCCCUGCCCCUCGCCGCUGCCCCUGCCGCCUGCGCCCCCCAAGGGGCCUCCCGCACCCCCCGCGGCCACCCCCGCCGGUGUCUACACCGUCUUCCGCGAGCAGGGCCGUGAGCACCGCGUGGUGGCGCCCACCUUCGUGCCUUCUGUAGAGGUCUUCGACGAGCGCCCCGGGCCCAUCCAGAUCGCAUCCCAGGCGCGUGAUGCCCGGGCCCGCGAGCGUGAGGCUGGUAGACCAGGGGUCCUGCAGGCGCCCCCCGGCUCCCCGCGGCCUCUGGACCGGCCCGAGGGCCUGCGCGAGAAGAACUCGGUCAUCCGCUCGCUCAAGCGGCCGUCGCCUGCAGAUGCCCCCACGGUGCGGGCUGCACGCGCCUCCCCGGACCCCCGCGCUUACCUGCCUGCCAAGGAGCUGCUCAAGCCCGAGGCGGACCCGAGGCCCUGCGAGCGUGCGCCCCGCGGCCCAGCCGGUCCUGCAGCCCAACAGGCCGCCAAGCUCUUCGGCCUGGAGCCCGGGCGCCCCCCGCCCACCGGCCCUGAGCACAAAUGGAAACCCUUCGAGCUGGGCAACUUCGCCACCACGCAGAUGGCCGUGCUGGCUGCGCAGCACCACCACAGCCGCGCCGAAGAGGAGGCCGCCGUGGUCGCUGCCUCCUCCUCGAAGAAGGCCUACCUGGACCCUGGGGCUGUGCUGCCCCGCUCAGCGGCCACCUGCAGCCGGCCUAUCGCCGACAUGCACUCUACAGCCCACGGGCCUGGAGAGGCCUCUGCCAUGCAGAGCCUUAUAAAGUACAGUGGCAGUUUCGCCCGGGAGGCUGUGGCCGUGCGCCCUGGUGGCUGUGGCAAGAAGAGCCCUUUUGGAGGUUUGGGCACCAUGAAACCCGAGCCUGCGCCCACCUCUGCUGGUGCCCCCCGAGCCCAGGGCCGACUCCCACACUCUGGAGGCCCUGCAGCGGGUGGCAGCCGGCAGCUGAAGCGAGACCCGGAGAGGCCCGAGAGCGCCAAGGCUUUUGGGCGCGAGGGCUCUGGUGCCCAGGGUGAGGCAGAAGUGCGACACCCGCCCGUGGGCAUUGCAGUGGCUGUGGCCCGGCAGAAGGACAGUGGUGGCAGUGGCCGGCUGGGGCCUGGGCUGGCAGACCAGGACCGCUCUCUGUCGCUGAGUAAUGUCAAAGGACACGGCCGAGCAGAUGAGGACUGUGUGGAUGACCGGGCCAGACACCGGGAGGAACGGCUGCUCGGGGCGCGGCUGGACCGGGAUCAGGAGAAGCUGCUCAGAGAGAGUAAGGAGCUGGCUGACCUGGCCCGCCUGCACCCUACCAGCUGUGCUCCUAACGGCCUGAACCCCAACCUCAUGGUGACAGGGGGCCCGGCGCUGGCGGGCUCGGGUCGCUGGUCUGCCGACCCCGCAGCCCACCUGGCCACGCACCCCUGGUUACCCCGCUCGGGCAGCACAUCCAUGUGGCUCGCCGGACACCCCUACGGCUUGGGCCCCCCAUCUCUGCACCAGGGCAUGGCCCCUGCGUUCCCACCCGGCCUUGGAGGCUCCCUGCCAUCGGCCUACCAGUUUGUCAGGGACCCCCAGUCGGGCCAGCUGGUGGUCAUUCCCAGCGAUCACCUGCCUCACUUUGCGGAGCUGAUGGAGCGGGCCACCGUGCCACCCCUCUGGCCCGCCCUGUACCCGCCAGGCCGCAGCCCUCUGCACCAUGCACAGCAGCUGCAGCUCUUCUCGCAGCAGCACUUCCUGCGGCAGCAGGAGUUCCUGUACCUGCAGCAGCAGGCGGCCCAGGCCUUGGAACUGCAGAGGAGCGCCCAGCUGGUGCAGGAGCGGUUGAAGGCGCAGGAGCACCGGGCGGAGAUGGAAGAGAAGGGGAGCAAGCGGGGCUUGGAGGCUGCGGGCAAGGCUGGCCUGGCCACUGCUGGCCCCGGGCUGCUGCCGCGGAAGCCCCCCGGCCUGACCGCCGGCCCCGCGGGCACCUAUGGCAAGGCUGUGAGCCCGCCACCAUCACCCCGCGCAUCCCCUGUGGCUGCCCUGAAGGCCAAGGUCAUCCAGAAGCUGGAGGACGUGUCCAAGCCACCCACCUAUGCCUACCCCGCCACCCCCAGCUCCCACCCCACCAGCCCGCCGCCCGCUUCCCCGCCACCCACCCCAGGUAUCACCCGCAAGGAGGAGGCUCCCGAGAAUGUGGUCGAGAAGAAAGACUUGGAGUUGGAGAAGGAAGCCCCCAGCCCCUUCCAGGCCCUUUUCUCAGAUAUCCCGCCCAGGUACCCGUUCCAAGCCCUGCCACCACACUACGGGAGGCCCUACCCUUUCCUGCUGCAGCCCACGGCAGCCGCCGAUGCGGAUGGCCUGGCCCCCGACGUGCCGCUCCCGGCUGAUGGGCCCGAGCGCCUGGCACUCUCACCCGAAGACAAGCCCAUCCGCUUGUCGCCCUCCAAGAUCACAGAGCCGCUGCGGGAGGGCCCGGAGGAAGAACCGCUGGCUGAGCGGGAGGUGAAGGCAGAGGUGGAGGACAUGGACGAGGGCCCCACAGAACUGCCGCCUCUGGAGUCGCCACUGCCACUGCCCGCCGCGGAAGCCAUGGCUACCCCCAGCCCUACAGGGGGUUGUGGAGGUGGCCUGUUGGAGGCCCAGGCGCUGAGUGCCACUGGGCAGAGCUGCGCAGAGCCCUCCGAGUGCCCAGACUUUGUGGAGGGGCCUGAACCACGGGUGGAUUCCCCAGGCCGGACAGAACCCUGCACUGCCGCCCUGGACCUGGGGGUGCAGCUGACACCCGAGACGCUGGUGGAGGCCAAGGAGGAGCCGGUGGAGGUGCCUGUGGCGGUGCCCGUGGUGGAGGCAGUGCCCGAGGAAGGCCUGGCGCAAGUGGCACCAAGCGAGUCCCAGCCCACCCUAGAAAUGUCAGACUGUGACGUGCCCGCCGGGGAGGGACAGUGCCCGAGCCUGGAGCCCCAAGAGGCUGUGCCUGUGCCUGGCAGCACCUGCUACCUGGAAGAGGCAAGCUCUGACCAGUUCCUGCCCAGUCUAGAGGACCCACUGGCUGGCAUGAACGCCCUGGCGGCGGCUGCGGAGCUGCCCCAGGCCAGGCCUCUGCCCUCCCCGGGUGCUGCUGGAGCCCAGGCCUUGGAGAAGCUGGAAGCAGCUGAGAGCCUUGUCUUGGAGCAGAGCUUCCUGCACGGCAUCACCCUGCUGAGUGAGAUCGCAGAGCUGGAGCUGGAGAGGAGGAGCCAGGAGAUAGGUGUGGAGCGGGCCCUGGUGGCCCGGCCCUCACUGGAGAGUCUGCUGGCAGCGGGCAGCCACAUGCUGAGGGAGGUGCUGGAUGGGCCUGUAGUGGACCCGCUCAAGAACCUGCGGCUCCCGCGGGAGCUAAAGCCCAACAAGAAGUACAGCUGGAUGCGCAAGAAGGAGGAGCGGAUGUACGCCAUGAAGUCUUCCCUGGAGGACAUGGAUGCCCUGGAGCUGGACUUCCGGAUGCGGCUGGCCGAGGUCCAGCGCCAGUACAAGGAGAAGCAGCGUGAGCUGGUGAAGCUGCAGCGCCGCCGGGACUCCGAGGACAGGCGCGAGGAACCCCAUAGAAGCUUGGCACGCAGAGGCCCUGGCAGGCCGCGGAAACGGACCCACGCCCCGAGCACCCUGUCGCCCCCCCGCAAGAGAGGGAAGAGCGGCCACAGUAGCGGAAAGCUGAACAGCAAGUCUCUGCUGACAUCAGAUGACUAUGAGCUGGGAGCAGGGAUAAGAAAGAGACACAAGGGGUCUGAGGAGGAACAUGAUGCCCUCGUCGGAAUGGGGAAAGCCAGGGGGAGGAACCAGACUUGGGAUGAACAUGAGGCCUCGUCCGACUUCAUCAGUCAGCUAAAGAUUAAGAAGAAGAAGAUGGCCAGCGACCAGGAGCAGCUGGCAAGCAAGCUCGACAAGGCCCUCUCCCUCACCAAGCAGGACAAGUUGAAGUCGCCCUUCAAGUUUUCGGACAGUGCUGGGGGGAAAUCGAAAACUGGCGGGGGCUGCGGCAGGUACUUGACUCCUUACGACAGCCUGCUGGGGAAGGACAGGAAGGCGAUGGCCAAGGGCCUCGGCCUGUCUCUGAAAUCCUCCAGAGAAGGUAAACACAAAAGGGCCGCCAAAGCCAGGAAGAUGGAGGUGGGGUUCAAGGCCAGAGGCCAGCCCAAGUCGGCCCAUUCCCCGUUCGCCUCGGAAGUGAGCAGCUACUCUUACAAUACGGACUCAGAGGAAGACGAAGAAUUCCUGAAGGAGAGUGGCCCGCCCAAGGCCCCUCCAGCUAGAUCCAAACUGACGCCUUCUCUCCUGUGUGGCAUGGUGGCAAAGAACAGCAAGGCGGCUGGCGGCCCCAAGCUGACCAAGAGGGGCCUGGUGGCCCCCCGGACUCUGAAACCCAAGCCGGCCACCAGCAGGAAGCAGCCGUUUUGUUUGCUGCUUCGAGAGGCCGAGGCGCGUUCCUCCUUCAGCGACGACUCGGAGGAAUCGUUUGACCAAGAUGAGAGCUCGGAGGAGGAGGACGAGGAGGAGGAGCUCGAGGAGGAGGAUGAGGCCAGCGGCAGCGGCUAUAGGCUGGGUGCCCGGGAGCGGGCCCUGUCGCCGGGCCUGGAGGAGAGUGGGCUGGGCCUGCUGGCACGCUUUGCCGCCAGCGCCCUCCCCAGCCCCACGGUGGGCCCGUCCCUGUCUGUGGUACAGCUGGAGGCCAAGCAGAAGGCCCGGAAGAAAGAGGAGCGGCAGAGCCUGCUCGGAACAGAGUUCGAGUACACCGACUCGGAGAGCGAGGUCAAGGUGCGCAAGCGGUCGCCUGCGGGGCUCCUGCGGCCCAAGAAGGGACUGGGGGAACCGGGACCCUCCCUGGCCGCACCCACGCCUGGCGCCCGCGGCCCCGGCCCCAGCAGCCCGGACAAGGCCAAGCUGGCGGUGGAGAAGGGGCGCAAGGCCCGGAAGCUGCGGGGUCCCAAGGAGCCUGGCUUCGAGGCGGGGCCCGAGGCCAGCGACGACGACCUGUGGACGCGGCGCCGCAGCGAGCGCAUCUUCCUGCACGACGCCUCAGCUGCUGCACCAGCGCCCACCAGCACCGCGCCCGCCACCAAGGCCAGCCGCUGCGCCAAGGGCGGCCCCCUGAGCCCGCGCAAGGACACCGGGCGUGCAAAGGACAGGAAGGACCCCAGGAAGAAGAAGAAAGGGAAAGAGGCUGGGCCAGGAGCUGGGGUGCCGCCGCCCCGAGCUCCCGCCUUGCCCUCUGAGGCUAGGGCUCCUCACGCCAGCUCCCUGACCGCUGCCAAGAGGAGCAAGGCCAAGGCCAAAGGGAAGGAGGUGAAGAAGGAGAACCGCGGCAAGGGGGGCGCCGUGAGCAAGCUGAUGGAGAGCAUGGCGGCCGAGGAGGACUUUGAACCCAACCAGGACUCGAGCUUCUCGGAGGAUGAGCACCUACCGCGUGGCGGGGCCGUGGAGCGGCCGCUGACCCCGGCCCCUCGGUCCUGCAUCAUCGACAAGGACGAGCUGAAGGACGGCCUGCGUGUGCUCAUCCCCAUGGACGACAAGCUGCUAUAUGCCGGCCACGUGCAGACCGUGCACUCGCCAGACAUAUACCGCGUGGUGGUGGAGGGUGAGCGCGGAAACCGGCCUCACAUCUACUGUCUGGAGCAGCUGCUGCAGGAGGCGAUCAUCGAUGUGAGGCCAGCCUCCACUCGCUUCUUGCCACAAGGGACCAGGAUUGCAGCUUACUGGAGCCAGCAGUACCGCUGCCUCUAUCCAGGCACAGUGGUCCGAGGGUUACUGGACCUGGAGGACGAUGGGGACUUGAUCACUGUGGAGUUUGACGACGGAGAUACUGGCAGGAUCCCCCUCUCACACAUCCGCCUCCUGCCCCCCGACUAUAAGAUCCAAUGUGCUGAGCCAUCCCCAGCCCUCCUGGUGCCGAGUGCCAAGCGCCGUAGCCGGAAGACCAGCAAAGACACUGGGGAAGGCAAAGACGGUGGUACGACUGGGUCGGAGGAGCCAGGAGCCAAGGCCCGUGGGCGUGGGCGGAAACCCAGCGCCAAGGCCAAGGGUGACAGAGCCGCUACCCUGGAGGAGGGGAGCCCAACAGAUGAGGUCCCCAGUACCCCCUUAGCCCUGGAGCCGAGCAGCACCCCAGGUUCCAAGAAGAGUCCCCCAGAGCCUGUGGACAAGCGAGCCAAGACCCCCAAGGCGCGCCCAGCACCGCCACAGCCCAGCCCCGCGCCACCCGCCUUUACCAGCUGCCCAGCACCCGAGCCCUUUGGGGAGCUCCCAGCCCCUGCCUCCACCCUGGCCGCAGCACCCCUCAUCACCAUGCCCGCCACACGCCCCAAGCCCAAGAAGGCGCGGGCAGCCGAGGAAUCAGGUGCCAAAGGCCCUCGGAGGCCGGGGGAGGAGACUGAGUUGCUUGUCAAACUGGACCACGAGGGUGUCACGUCACCCAAAAGCAAGAAGGCUAAAGAGGCUCUGCUGCUCCGGGAGGACCCAGGGGCCGGGGGCUGGCAGGAGCCCAAGAGCCUCCUGAGCCUGGGCAGCUACCCCCAGGUGGCCGGCAGCAGCGAGCCCAAGGCACCCUGGCCCAAGGCCACGGAGGGGGACCUCGCCCAGGAGCCCGGGCCGGGGCUCACGUUCGAGGACUCUGGGAACCCCAAGAGCCCGGACAAGGCCCAGGCCGAGCAGGACGGGGCGGAAGAGUCCGAAAGCAGCAGCAGCAGUAGUGGCAGCAGCAGUAGCAGCAGCGGCUCGGAGACGGAAGGGGAGGAGGAAGGCGACAAGAAUGGGGACGGGGGCUGUGGCGCCGGGGGCCGUAACUGCAGCGCUGCCAGCUCCAGGGCAGCCUCACCGGCCUCCUCCUCCUCCUCCUCUUCCUCGUCCUCCUCUUCUUCCUCCUCCUCAUCCUCCUCUUCCUCCUCCUCCUCCUCUUCCUCAUCCUCCUCCUCCUCUUCCUCUUCAUCUUCCUCCUCUUCCUCCUCCUCCUCCUCUUCCUCGUCCUCAUCCUCGUCCUCCUCCUCCUCCUCUUCCUCUUCCUCCACCACAGACGAGGACUCUUCCUGCAGCUCAGACGAUGAGGCAGCCCCCGCCCCCACGGCUGGCCCUUCUGCACAGCCGGCGCUCCCCACCAAGGCCACCAAGCAGGCCGGCAAGGCGCGGCCCUCGGCCCACUCCCCAGGCAAGAAGGCGUCUGCGCCCCAGCCCCAGGCGCCUCCUCCGCAGCCCACACAGCCUCUGCAGCCCAAGGCUCAGGCCGGGGCCAAGAGCCGACCGAAGAAGAGAGAGGGCGUCCACCUCCCCACCACCAAGGAGCUGGCCAAGCGGCAGCGCCUGCCGUCCGUGGAGAACCGGCCCAAGAUCGCCGCCUUCCUGCCAGCCCGGCAGCUCUGGAAGUGGUUCGGCAAGCCCACCCAGCGGCGUGGCAUGAAGGGCAAGGCCCGCAAGCUCUUCUACAAGGCCAUCGUGCGCGGCAAGGAGAUGAUCCGCAUCGGGGACUGCGCCGUGUUCCUCUCCGCCGGCCGUCCCAACCUGCCCUACAUUGGCCGCAUCCAGAGCAUGUGGGAGUCGUGGGGCAACAACAUGGUGGUCCGAGUCAAGUGGUUCUACCACCCCGAGGAGACCAGCCCGGGCAAGCAGUUCCACCAGGGCCAGCACUGGGACCAGAAGUCCAGCCGCAGCCUCCCGGCGGCCCUGCGGGUCUCCAGCCAGAGGAAGGACUUCAUGGAGCGCGCGCUAUACCAGUCCUCACAUGUGGACGAGAAUGACGUGCAGACGGUGUCACACAAGUGCCUGGUGGUGGGCCUGGAGCAGUAUGAGCAGAUGCUGAAGACCAAGAAGUACCAGGACAGCGAGGGCCUGUACUACCUCGCGGGCACCUACGAGCCCACCACGGGCAUGAUCUUCUCCACGGAUGGUGUGCCCGUGCUCUGCUGA